AUGGAAGAUCAUGUUUAUCAAGGUUACGUAUUGUCGGUCACUAUUUUCGAACAAUCGCCGACCGUUGAACCAUCUGUACGGUUACCGGUCGAAGAUGAUAACGGUGAUUUGGAACGACUAUUUAUUUAUAAUAUUCCACCGUCGGAAGGUCGCCAAUUAAUCACAGACACGUAUACUUACGGUACAAAAAUGAGUAUUUUAAAUCCGUACAUGCGCUUCACGGCUGACAGAAAACCAGGUAUUCGAGUUGACGGUGUUUCAUCGAUUAUUUUGCAGGGAGAUACUCACAAUGUGAAAAAUAUGUGUCGAUGUUGUGGCAAAGCGAACUGUAGUUCAACUCGCUAUUGUUCAGUGGAAUGUCAACGAAUGGACUGGAAACAAUAUGGUCAUAAAUUAAUUUGUAACUGA